GAUGGAGGACAGAGCUCUGGACCUCUGGUUAAUCUGGUUAGUAGUAGUAGUUCUGUGUCGUGUAUCUCGUGGUCUGGCGUCUCUUUCCUUCUAUUUUAAGCCCCAUGAAAGCGCCAACUGCUACCACCAUUUGAACUUGUGAACCAGAAAGAAUUCCACUCAGAGACGCUUGAACGAUGGACGACAUAGAUGAAGCUACCGUUCCACCCAAGUCCGAGCAAGAAGAGGAGUUCAGGCCUUACUACCCUGAGAAGGCUGAAGAUGAAGGCGUCCUCACCAAGGAUGGAUUGAAGAAGAAACUUGUCAGAGUUGGAGCAGGAUGGGAGGUUCCAGAAAUAGGAGACGAGAUCACUGUGAAUUACACAGCUUCUGUGCUUGGCGGGUCACAAUUUGCCUCCAGUACAGACAAGGGGGAGCCGUUGGUUGUCGUGGUUGGAAAGGACCUCAUACUAAAAGGGUGCACGGAGGGCCUUAUCACCAUGAGGAAGGGAGAAACCUCCAUCUUCACUGUUCCACCCACAUUAACCCAAGGAAUUCAGGAUCUCUUCCCUGAUAUCCCUCUUGAGGCAACUCUACAAUUUCAGGUUGAAUUGUUAUCUUGGUUCAAAGUUGUAGAUGUCUGUGGGGAUGGGGGAAUUAUGAAAAAAAUUUUAUACAAAAGUGGGGUGUUGGAGCGAGCAGAGAAGAAAGAUGAAGUAACAGUGAAAUAUGAGCUGAAACUUGAGGAUGGUACCCUUGUGGCAAAAUCACCAGAAGAUGGGGUCGAGUUUCUGGUGUCUGAUGGUCACCUAUGUUCUGCCAUUGCAAAGACUGUCGUAACCAUGAGGAAAGGAGAACAAGCAAUCUUAAGGGUGGAACCCAAAUAUGCAUUUGGAGAGACUGGGAGACCUGCACAGGAUGGUUUUCCUGCGGUCCCGAAAAAAGCGAUUGUUAAUAUCUCCUUGGAAUUGGUCGCUUACAAACUUCUUGAAUAUGUCACUGAUGAUAUGCUAGUUGUUAAGAAAAUCACCAGCACAGGGAUGGGCUUUGAGAAACCAAACAGUGGAACAACUGCUCAGAUUAGAUAUAUUGCUAAACUUUCCAAUGGCACAAUUUUUGACAAGAAGGGAUAUGAUGGAGAAGACCCGUUUGAAUUUAAAGUUGAUGAAGAACAAGUCAUUGAAGGUUUAGACUUGGCAGUUGCCACCAUGAAACGAGGAGAGGUUGCACUUAUCAUUAUUGAUCACGAGUAUGGUUUUGGGAAUAAUCAAACAAAGACAGAUUUGGCUGUUGUACCUGCAAAGUCAACUUUGUACUAUGAAGUUGAGGUUGUUGGAUUUACAAAGGUAACUGAGUCAUGGGACAUGGAGCCAGAAGAAAAGCUUGUGUAUGCAGCCAAAAGGAAAGAAGAAGGAAAUGCUUAUUUCAAGCAAGGAAAGUACCAGCGAGCUUCAUUGAGAUAUGACAUGGCAGCAAAAUAUGUGGAGUUUGAUAGCACUUUCACUGAUGAGCAGAAGAAAACAGGAAAGUUUUUCAAAGUCUCUUGCCAUCUGAAUAAUGCAGCUUGCAAACUCAAGUUAAAGGAGUAUAGAGAAGCUGCUAACCUUUGCUCAAAGGUAUUAAAGCUAGAACCAAACAAUGUUAAAGCUCUUUUCCGGAGAGCACAAGCAUAUAUGGAGACACUUGACCUGGACCUAGCAGAAUUGGACUUGAAGAAGGCACUUGAAAUUGAUCCUAGCAAUGGGGAGGUGGUACAGCAGCAGCAACGACUAAAGAACCUACAGUCAUACUACAGCAGGAAGGAUUCAGAGCUUUAUGUAAAUAUGAUUGAAAAGCUGAAAAUAUAAAUCAAGGCAAUGGUGAAAAGAAGUCCAAUCCCCUUCCCAAAUUAUUAUGUUUGUCUGAGCUAUUGUAUCAUUGUCAUUAUAUGCAGUGUCAUUAAAAUAUACAAGUGUUGAAGCCCCACCUCAAUCUGUGAGCAUUUUUCUCCUCCCUUCUAUGUUCCUCUUGUAUACCCGUUUAUGUCUUUGUACCACGCUGUUGUUUAUAACAACUAGCAUUUGUGUUACUCCAAAACCUCUCCCAGCUCCUUUUAUUCCUUGUACUUGUUCAGAUUCGCAUUUGAGUUAAUAAAUAAAAUAAAGCCCAAGCAUUUGAUUCUCUAA